AUGUCUUCUGAAGCCCCCACCGGAGACGUUCAGGAUAACGAGUACGUGUCCCGCCAGGGUGACCGCGAGCCCAUCGGCGUCCUCGGUGACGAUGCCAAGGUCGAGGACCCUAUUGAUGCUGAGACUGCCGACUCCGAUGCUCAGCUAGAGCGCGAUGACAAGGAGGCCAUCGACAAGAGCAAUAUCGUGGAAGAGCGCACCCGUGGUGCGAAGCCUACCGGAGAGUACCGUGAGCCCGGUGAUACCGAGGGUCUAGAGGACAAGCGCCUCGAGUAA